CGGCGAUGCUGGUGCGAAACGCGAUGCAGCGCGCUGUGGCGUUCCUGCAGCACAAGAUGUUCCCGACGUCGCAGAUGCCGGCGCUGGGCCCUCUGGCGCUUAACGGCGGCGCGGCUGCGCUGCCCUCCAACCCGCUGAGCGAAGCGAUCUGGCUGGCCGCCCCCAAGUCCAAGGUGACGCCGUCCCGCAAGAAGAUUAGGAACAACGACCUGAGCAAGCGCCUCAAGAACAUUGUGCACUUCCAGGACUGCCCCAUGUGCGGCGAGAAGAAGCUCCGUCACCGUCUGUGCAUGAGCUGCUUCAAGAAGGGCAAGUACUUUGUGUAAACAGCGCGCGCGUUCGGCACCAAAGCAUCGCACACAUCAGACAGAGAGACGCACAAGGGAGGAUGAAUAUAUAGAUGUCUGCCUUGCAGACGACCAUGG